CUUGUCUUCCUGGUCCCCUGGACUUAGGGAAGUAGGGGUUACAUAUCCUUUCUCUGCUGGAGGGCCCUGGACAUCUCCCCAAGGCCAGCUCUGCACAUAGGACGGGUGGAGUGGGGCAGCCUUGCUGGUCCACAGCUGUUACCUCCGCUCCUCUCCGGGUGGUGGUGCCUGCUACCCCACAUUUACGUAAGAAGCCAACACAAGCCAGUUCUAGAGCAAACAUCUGUUUUGUAGGAUUGAAAGCAGCCCACUAAGGCACCUCGUGAACUGUGAGGCCCACAGGUGGAGGGCUGUGGUUGUCCUCAGUCUGUACCCUGUCUCUGUCCUACAGGGGACAGUGCCUUCAGCACAGCCCCAACCUUCCUUGUAGCCGGUGCGGCUGCCCUCCCUUCCCCUGCAGCAGGAGGAAGCAUUACACUGCAGCCUUCCGGAGAGCCGCUGUCCAGGGGAUGCAGGGUGGGAGCAGCUGCAACGCACUUCCCCCUCUCCCCACCCUGACCUGACCCAGAGAGACGAAGGUGGAAUCGGGGCUAUCAGAGGCUGGGGUUUCUCCCACUGGAGAAUUUUCAUACUCCAGUCUUCCGGUGAUCAAAUCCUGGCUGGCUUGGGUGGGCUGAAGCAGUCAACACUGCCUACACCUAGCCUUCCCCUAAUGCUCAUGGACUGGCACCACCGUUCAGGUGCACUGCGCCAGGGAGGAGAGCAGGUCCCUGGCCUUACCUCCUGGGAGGAUGUGGGGGCAGGCAGAGGUCCUUGGGAGAAUGGGGCUGCAGGUGAGAGCUUUUCAAACAGAACUGGUGGGUAAAACACUGAUGUGGCCCACAGAUGUCUUUCAACGUGGCCCAGCUCUGUCGUCCUUGCACCUUCGUUACCCAGGGCCAGGUCAGCCAGUCGGGGGGAUGUCCCAUCAAAGGUGCCAUGAGCAUGCUGUGUAAAAACUUGGACUCGGGUCCUGGCAAACUGCUCAGCUCACCUCCGAGCCACUGUAGCCUCGCCUGCCAAGUGGAGAGAGCUUCCUCAUGGAAGGGGGUUGAUGGCAAGGCGACAGGAGCUCUGAGGGGCUUGGAGAGAGUGACGGCAGCAGGCAAGCCCUGCACGAGGGUGGUAGAAGGUGGCUUGGCUAUAGUGAGCUGAAGACAGGUCACUGGACUUAGGGAUUACAGGCAGCAAGCACAUGGGGGCGGGAGCUGCUCACUGGUGACACUGCAAGGGGCUAGGUGCCAACCUACAAGGUGUGGUACAUGCUUCUAGCCAGGGACCAGUGGAGGGUGUCAUUCCCGUCACAGUCAGAACCCAGAUGCAGGUGUAACAGGGGUGGGAAGGGGGCCCCUUUCACCACCAUCCCAGUGCCUCACUCACAAAGCAGGAGCUUCCCAUCCCCACAAUUUUGGGCUCUCCUGGGUCAGAGAUUUUGUUCCCAGGUACGAUGCUUCUACCAGGGACACAGGUGUCCCCCUGGAUAGCAGGCUGAGACACCACCUGGCCACUCCGGGCUCCUCAGGUGGUGGAGGCAACAGGCCAGUCCGGGGCUGCUCUGCUGGGUGGAGUGCCCGGUCCUGACUCUGCAGGAGCAGCAUGGCUAUGCUCAGUGGGGUCAGGAGUAUGCUGAGCUUGGGACAUUCUCCUGAAGCCUCCAGAGCUCCCUGCUGUGAGGACGAGUUGAGGAAGGCCACAGGCCCAACGCAGGCAGGGCCACUCAGGGACCUUCAGAAUGGAGGCUCGAGUCACCUCACCAGGAAAGACCAGGACCAGCGAGGUGCUGGCUGAGGAGAACAUGAAAUGAGUAGUGGAGAGGGGAAAUAUUAAACACUAAUUACGAUAUUUUAUUAAUUACUUGUUAUGUAUAUAGUGGUAUAUAUUAACCAGGGACUGUAUUUUCUGUAAUUCACAUUGUAACCCAGUUUCCCCCUUUUUUCCCUCUUGCUAUCUUACUUAAGGGGUGUUGAUGGUGAUUAAUUUUCUGGUAUAGUCUUUAGCCCACAGAAUCAGGUGAGGUGUGGCUGAACCACAGGAGGAAUCACCACGCUCAGUGCACAGGGGGCGGGUGCAUCUUUGAUGUGAGGGUGGCGGUGGGAUGAAGGUCAGGGCCCAGCACUGCUGUGGAAACUGGGAGGGCGGCAAGGCAGGAGGUGGGCACUGGCCCUAGGCUGUCAGCAGGAAGCCUCACAUCCUGGCCUGUGUGUUGCAGCAGUUACAGGUCUGGAUCUCCUGCGGAUUCUGAGAUGGGGCCACUGUGAGGUUUGGGAAAAGCCCUAUGGCUCCAACAGGUAGCAGGCACAAGGCUUUGCCAGCAGCCCUGGUGUCCUCCAGGAGCUGCCCACAUCAGAAAGGCAUGCAGCCAGGAUUGGGGGCGGGGGUCUCCAUGACUUCCGUACUUUCCCCUCUCCUGACCUUGGCUCCCUGGCCUUGCUCUCUGUAUUAAGUACCUUUCUGCCUAAAAUUACUCACGUGGUUUUGAUUUUCCUGACCAAGCCCCGUCCGGUAAACCUGCUGACCAAGGAAGGGAGGCUUCCAGUCCCCUCUUCAGAGGACACACUCCCGCAGCACUGUCAAACGAGACAGAAACACUCGCGCGGCAUUUCAGGAAGAAGCGGAAAAUUGUGCGACAGUAAGGAAGGAAGAGCAAGACCCCCUUCAGUCGGCGGUUCAACUACCUCCAACUCCAUGCGCCCUGCACUGGGGGCUGGGUGUUCUCCAAGGGUUGAAGGACUAGGGCUCAUUCUGAAACUCCUCUCGUUCCAGAGCACGGUCCCGAGGGCUCCCCGGGCAGGCGGGGCAGGGACUGCAGGGCCUCCUCGUACUUCUGCAGCUGAGACCAGAAACCCGGGUUGGGCUCGGCCACCGGGCGCGCGCUCUUCACCGCCUGCAAAGGAGAGGCAGAGGCUGAACGCGGCACCGCAAAGUGCUCUACGCCCCGAACGCCGGGAGGCCCGCCCCACCUGGAAGACGACGCACCUGGGAGCCCCGCCCCACCUGGGAGGCCCGCCCCACCUGGAAGACGACGCACCUGGGAGGCCCGCCCCCACCUGGAAGACCAGCGCACCUGGGAGCCCCGCCCCACCUGGGAGGCCCGCCCCACCUGGAAGACCAGCGCACCUGGGAGCCCCGCCCCACCUGGGAGGCCCGCCCCAAGGCUGAGGCCGCGGUGCCGCAUGAGGUAGGCGGUGCAGACGGCGGCGGAGCGGCUGCGGCCGUUUGCAGUAAACCAGGCAGGCGCCGCCAGCGCGCACCGCGGCCUCCAUGGCGGCGCAGGUGGGCUCCAGGUGCGCCAGCAGGUCCUCGGCGGGAUCGUCAAACACGGGCACGCGCAGCUCGGCCACGCCGGGCGCGCUCGGGCCGGGCUGCUGGCGCGAGACGUUGACGCACAGGGUGACUCCCGCACGCGCCAGCAGCUCCGUCGCGUUCGCGGCGCGCGCAGUCCCGAGGAACAGCGAGGGGGCGACGCGCACGAACGGCGGCGGCGCGGGCGAGGCGACCCCGGGGACCUCGCGGCGACCGGCUUGUCCAGGGUCCAUGACCCGCGCCCGGGGCCCGGCCCACGGGACUAAUUUGGGCGGCCGGGCGGCCCGCCGGGCACCCCCGGGGUUCAAAGGCCUCCGAGGGUCCCACCCGCAGGGCCCUGGCUGCCUCCGCAUUGGCCGGGCAGAGCGGGGCUCGUCCUCUGAUUGGCUGCGGGUGGGCAUGGCGGCCAUUGGCUUGGCUCGCGGUCGGGCGGGCGAGUGGGAUUGGCCGCAGCAGGGCGGGCGGGGCGGGAACGUUGGGAAUGAAUGGGCGGUCCCUGGGGGGAAGAGCUGGACCCGGAGCUGCGGCCCUGCGCAGGAGGGCGGAGCUCUCUUCCGGGCGUCCUGGGCGGAUCGCGGCCGGGGCCGACCUGCGGGGCUGGGCUUUGAGAGCUACAGUGCCAGUCCCUGCGCCCAGGGUGGGGGGUGGGGUUUGGGGGGCGGCUCACAGGCGCGGGGACCUGUUCCGGAGCGGGUCCGGCCAUGGAAGGGGGCGGGCAGCAGGGCCCCAGCUGGGCUCGGGGAAAUGGGCUUCUCUUCCAGCUGCGGCUUCACUGCAGAGGACAGCGGGUCCAGUCCAGGGUCCUCCGUAUCGUUUUGUUGGUGUUCGGAGCCGAGAGGCAUGGAAAACAGUUAUAACUCAGCCUCCUAUUACGAACUCCCAGAUGCUGACGUCUAUGAAAAUCAGCUGGUGGGGAGCGGCGGCGAGCCUGCUGCCGCCACCCAGGACCUGGGGACCCCGGAGAGCUCCAGGGCAAUGAAGAUACUCUUUACUAAGAGGGACAUCCCAGAGGCCCCGGAGGAGGAGGAGUCCGAGGGUCCCUCUGGGGAGCAGGACCUGAAGGAGGCCUACAUCCAGCUGGUCCAGGGUGUGCAGGAGUGGCAGGACGGCUGUGUGUACCGAGGGGACUUCGGGCUGGACACGAAGCUGGGGCAUGGUGAAUUCUCUUGGCCCACAGGCGAGUCUUACCGUGGGCAGUUUUACCGCGACCACCGCCAUGGGCUGGGCACCUACCUGUGGCCCGAUGGCUCCAGUUUCACAGGCAUGUUUUAUCUGAGCUACCGAGAAGGCUACGGCACCAUGUACCAGAAGGCCAGGCUCUUCCAGGGGCUGUACAAAGCAGACCAGCGGUUUGGGCCAGGCAUUGAGACCCACCCCGACGGCAGCCAGGACGUCGGGCUGUGGUUUAGGGAGCAUCUGAUCAAGCUGUGCACAGAGGUCCCCGACGGCUUCUCCAUACACGACUACCCCGAGUACUCGGGCUUCCUCACGCACUCUCCUGCCAGAAUCAGCCUCUCAGGCGAGGAGAAGAUGGAGUGGGACCUGCACAAGGAGCAGGACCCUUUUUUCUAUGACUACAAGCGGUUUCUUCUGGAUGAUGACCUAACCCUGCCUCCGGAAAUGUACAUUUACUCGACCGACAGCAGCCACCUGCCCAUGACCUGCUCUUUCCGCAAAGAGUUAGAUGCCCGGAUCUUCCUUAACGACAUCCCUCCUUUUGUUGAGGAUGGAGAACCCUGGUUUAUAAAAAAUGAGACCCCUUUGAUGGUCAAAAUCCAGAAGCAAACUUACAAGUUCAGGAACAAGAAGGCCCACAGCAGCUGGAACAUGGGUGCCAUCCUGGAGGGCGACCGGAGCGGCUUUGCCCGUUGUGGGCCCAAGGAGCGGCUGGCCAAGGGCAUGAUCCUGAGGGCCGGGGAAGGGAACUACGACUGGAUAUACGGAAUCCUCAGGGAUGACCUUGCCAGCGCCGAUGUGGCCGAUGCCAAGGGCUACACUGCGCUCGCCGCGGCCGCCGUUCACUGUCACAACAACAUUGUCAACCUUCUGCUCGACAAUGGGGCUGACGUGAACAAGCUCACAGACGAGGGCCUCACGGCGCUCAGCAUGUGCUUGCUUCUCUACUACCCGUCCGGGUGCUUCCAGCCCAACAUCGCCGAGAGGACGGCGCCCAAGCCCCAGGAAGCUUCAAAUACGCCAGUAAAUCCCAACCACGCCUUCUCAUUCCCUGAAGUGGCCAAGGAGUCUGCCUAUUUAGAGGAAUCGGUGCCCACCCCAGGCAGCCAGGAGCAGAAGUCCGUUGUGUCAGGCAGCGAGGAGGACGGCCUCACUGUGGGCACCCAGCUGUCUCGGGAGUCGCCCGACCUGGGGAGCACCCCUCAGAAGUGGGACACCCUGUCACUGCGGGGCAGCGUCAGCGACCUGGAGAAGGGGCUGGAUGGCGCGGUAGGCAGUCUGGACGGGCACACGCUGGGGAGCCAGGAGACGAACUUCGAGUCGAGCAUCUGUGUGCACAACUACUGCAUCGCGCUGUCCCGGGAGCUCCUGGAGAAGAGCGCCCAGGCGCACGGCGUGCUGCGGGCCUCCUUCAGCGCCCCCGGCUCGGGAAAGGGCACCAUGAGGAGUAUGGCGCUGGCCAUGAUCGAACACAGAACCAGGUGGCUGACCAUCGGGCUGCUGCUGCGCCGAGGUGCGGACCCCAACCUGUGCCGUGUGCCCAUGCACGCCCUGUUCUUCCCUGUGAAGGCCGGGGACGUGGCCGGGGUGAAGCUGCUGCUGGAGAACCGGGCCCGGACGGACGUCCAGCUCCCUGCUGAGCUGGGGGCCCUUACACCCCUGCACAUCGCAGCCGCCCUUCCCGGGGAGGAGGGUGUCAAGAUAACGGAGCUGCUGCUCCACGCUGUCACAGAUGUGGAUGCCACGGCUGCUGACCAGGACGACGUGUACAAGCCGGGCAAGCUGGACCUGUUGCCUUCAAGCCUGAAGCUCAACGGUGAGCCGGGCCCUGCCGGCAUCUACUACAGUAAGCACGCGUCUGCGCCAGCUCAGGGGGGCCGCACGGCUCUGCACGUGGCCUGUGAGCGUGAGGACAACUGCAAGUGUGCCAGGGACAUAGUCCGGCUCCUCCUGUCCCACAAAGCAAACCCCAACGUGCUGUGGAGUGGCCACUCCCCACUCUCCCUGUCCAUCGCCAGCGGGAAUGACCUGAUCGUGAAGGAGCUUCUGUCCCACGGAGCUGACCCCAACCUGCUGCUGACCAAGGGUUUGGGCAGCGCCCUGUGUGUUGCCUGCGACCUCACCUAUGAGCACCAGAGGAACAUGGACAGCAAGCUGGCCCUGAUCGACCGGCUUAUUAAUUACGGGGCUGACAUCCUGAGCCCUGUGACGCUCACGCAGGGGGACAAGGUGGCUGUGGGCACGGCUGUCGACUACGGGUAUUUCAAAUUCUACCAGGACCGGAAGAUCGCCCACUGCCCCUUCCACAUGCUGACGCCCGCCGAGCGGGAGGUGUUUCUGGCCCGCAAGAGGCUCCUGGAGUACAUGGGCUUCCAGCUGCGCCGCGCCGUCUUCGCCAAGGAGAGCCAGUGGGAUCCGAAGCUGCUGACCCUGAGCAAGAAAGGGUUCCCGUGCAGGAUUCCCUUCUUCAAGUUCUGCUCCCAGUGCGGCCGCUCGGUUGGCGUGCGCCUGGUGCCCUGCACCCGCUGCUGCGGGGUCCUCACCUGCAGCAAGUACUGCAAGACCAGGGCCUGGGGCGACUUCCACAAGCGGGACUGCGGCACCCUGUCGGUCACUGGUGAGUGUGCUGCUGUGGGGCCUGCCGGGUCUGAGGGCGUAGGCACCUGCCUGUGGGGGGCUGUGUGAGGUCUCCAUUAUUCCUCGAAAUCUCUCAGAUUCCAACGACUUUCCAGAAUUCCCAGAUGGGCCUGUUGUGCAGACAGGGAGGGCGCUGAGCCCACCUGCUCCUUCUCUAAGCAUCAUGGGCCCAUGGCUUCCUGGAGGGAGGUGGGCAUGGCCUGGGCCCCACAGAACUGGGACACCAUCCCUGGGGCUCCCCUGCAUGGGGGAGGCUCUGGUAGGCACUAGUUUCCCUUGACCCUGGGGCACUUGGCCUUGGCACUGCUUCUGGAAGCUUCCUCCUAGCCCACCUUUCCCACGUCCCCUCCUUUGGGAUGACCUGGGGAGGAGCUGCAGGUGUGUGGGUGGUGACUCUGGACCAGGGCUCCACUGCUCUAAGGGUAGCUAAUGGCAAGCAAAGCUAUGUGCACAGCUGUCCCCUGGGACUUGACCAGGUGGAGGGAGGGCAGGUGUUGCUUAACUCUUUCUCAGAGCCUGUCCUUAGUGUGGACGGCCAGAAAGGCCGGGCUGACCGCUGCCCUUGGGCCCAUG